AUGAAGUUCACUGCUGAAAUCGCCGCUAUCGUGCUGGCCGCGACCUCGGCCAUGGCCGCUCCCUCCGCCAAGCGGUCGACCCAGAUCUCCUGCGACUCGUUCGGCUCGUACACGGCCGGCCAGUACACCAUCUACCACAACAACUGGGGCGCGGCGCAGGCCACCUCGGGAUCCCAGUGCACCUCCUUCGAUAGCAUCAGCGGGACCACCGUCGCCUGGGAGACCAACUGGACCUGGGAGGGUGGCUCCUCCUCUGUCAAGUCCUACUCCAACGCCGCCCUGGAGAAGGUCAACAAGCAGCUGAGCGCCGUCAGCUCUAUUCCUUCCAGCUGGAAGUGGACCUACUCCAACACAGACAUCGUCGCGGACGUCUCGUACGACCUGUGGCUCGCGCCCACCGAGGGCGGCACCAACUCGUACGAGAUCAUGGUCUGGCUGGCGGCCUACGGCGGCGCGGGCCCGAUCUCGUCGACGGGCUCGACCAUCGCGACGCCGACCAUCGGGUCCAACACGUUCAAGCUGUACUCGGGCCCCAACGGCGACACGACCGUCUACUCGUUCGUGGCGGACUCGCCCAUCGAGGACUUCUCGGGCGACAUGAUGGACUUCCUCAACUACCUCGUCAAGAACGAGGGCGUCUCCGACAGCAACUGGAUCACCAGCCUGCAGGCCGGCACCGAGCCCUUCACCGGCUCUGAGACCGUCUUCAAGACCACUGCCUACUCCCUCACCGUCGCUUAG